GCUGAAUACUACAUCAAUGCCAGCUACAUCUACGCGGUCACUCCGUGCAAGGACGCAUACACCGCACCGCAACUGGAUCAAUCAAAGGUGGAAUACAUUGCCGCACAAGGACCGUUGAAGAAGACGGUCGUGGACUUUUGGGAGAUGAUUGCUGAAAAUCGUAUCUCACUAAUCGUAAUGCUUACACAACUGGUCGAACAAAACGUGCCCAAAUGUGCUGCGUACUGGCCAGACGAGGUGAAUGCAACCAUUAUUCACAUGUGUCAUGGAAAAGAGCUUGCAGUGACGAUGAUCUCAGAAGAAGAUUAUCCGAGCUACGUUAUCAGAAGGUUCAAUCUGGUUUCAGGCGCAGAUGAGUCUGAGCCUGCAGUUGUGACUCAGCUGCACAUGAAACUCUGGCCGGACCAUGGAGUUCCAGAUCUGGCCGAGUUCGCCACAGUGUUAAAUGAAUAUCAAAAACUAAAAAUGUCGGACGUGAACAAGGAUGCACCAACUUUGGUUCACUGCAGUGCUGGUGUUGGACGCACGGGGAUUUUCAUUGCUGCUGAUAUCAUCAAAA